AUGGUGCGCGUGUGGUCUAAUCAAUCGCCGGCGGCGUAUGAAGAAGCGCAGAAGACGGGAGCCUUUAGAGCGUCUCCGGAGCAUUUGGAGAACGAUUUCUGUAAUCCAGAUGCCUACAAUUUCAUGGCGCGAGAACUGGAGAAGCGCGUGGGGCCAUGCCCACCGGAAGUUGUGGACACCUGGAAUCAAAGGGGAGGCUCCGGUACUCCAUCGCCAGUUUGGGUCUGGCUUCAGUACAAGAGCCGUGAGAAACCUGCGUAUGAGCCAUAUGCAAGCUUGUGUGGAAGACGGAGUAUUUGCGUCGUGGCAGAGAUCAGUCGCGCAGAUGUCCUUGGCAGUCAGUUUGGAGCUUUCCACCAUGUCUUGAACGAUUGGAUGCUACCUGUCACGGAGGAAGAAGAUGACGAGUUCAAGAAGCUGAAAGAGACACAGCCUGAAUGCUGGCAAGAGCUGAAAGUGCAAUCCUGGCAGCACAUCUUUGACUUAGACUGGCACGGAGAGGAGUACAGCCUCCAAAGGGCAGAAAAUGCCCAGAUCCAAGGCGUGCUGUGGCAGCUCCCCGUGACUGCUGUACAACGUGCACGUCGAAUCAUCGAGAUCGGACGGUCGCAGGGAACCGAGGGGGCCGAGGUAGACUACUCAGGUGUCACUGUGGGGGAAGACGUGCAGCUCCGGGCAGAGUGGAUCUCGGUUCGUAGUUGCGACCCACCCCUUCACUUGCGUGUCACCGUCACUUCCGUGACGAGCAGCGGUCUUGCUGAAGCCCUGGGUGUGCGUGAAGGAUGGACCGUUGCGUGCAUACUCACCGCAGUAGACGAUGAGGACCCCUUGCCAUUGCUCAUGAAGCAGAACGGCGUCCACGUGUCUCGUAAGAUCUAUCCCAAGAAGCAGCCGCCACCAGCAGCCGAGCUACUGAAGCACUUGCAGGGGCUGCGAGGAGUGCAGGUCUUUUUUGAGGCAGACUCUUCGGAUUCGGAUUCGGAUCGCGAGAUGUACGAUGAGUCCCAGCAGAUACCGGAGAUACCCCAAUCCGAGAGCUCCGGCGACUUAAAUGAGUUGACCGAGGAAGCGCUGACCUCUUUCGGACCCAGUGACCCGGUCAUUCGCCGGGGCGGAAUCCUUGACCGCUGCUCUCCGCUCUCCCUGCGCGUCGUAGAGAGGUGGGUGGAGGAUGUGGCAAAAGUCGCGGAGUCCCGCGCGGCGCUGCAGCGCCGCCAAGAAGAAGGACUGAAAGAAGAAAGCGACGAGGGCGGCGAGGAGUUGGAAGCACUUGCCAAGCCCAGUCCCAGCGCCAUCAAGCCCUUCAGCAGCUCUGAGGUUCCGGAUGUGUACCACCGAAGCUUUGUUGCCUGGGCCGGCUUUCCACGAGCGGAAGAGAUGCGGGAGCCCCUGUUCUUUCACGAGUGGACGCUGUGGCUUGGCGGCCAACUUUCAGUUCUCAACUGGCGCUUGCUUGCGCGGCGGAAGGGGGUGCAGCUGGAAGAAAGCACACCGGCAAGUCCAAUGUCUCCACGAUCUCAGCAGAGGGCCGCAGUGGAGGCACUGAUUGCAGCCUUUGAGGCUGCCGGGCGGCCAGCGGUGGAGGAGCCCGAAGCGCAGGGGCGGCCUCUGCUCUCCGACGCGGAGGCUGUGCUCCAGCAGGUCAGCCGAGAAGUGCCGGGGCUGAGAACCCGCUGA